AGUCUGGAUGAUGGGAAACCAGAGACGGUCCAGAAGGCCCCUCAGAAAGCUCCUCUCAGACAGGAGACCAACAGUCUGUUCUCUCCCCCUGUACAGAGUCUGGAUGAUGGGAAACCAGAGACGGUCCAGAAGGCCCCUCAGAAAGCUCCUCUCAGACAGGAGACCAACAGUCUGUUCUCUCCCCCUGUACAGAGCCUGGAUGAUGGGAAACCAGAGACGGUCCAGAAGGCCCCUCAGAAAGCUCCUCUCAGACAGGAGACCAACAGUCUGUUCUCUCUCCCUGUACAGAGUCUGGAUGAUGGGAAACCAGAGACGGUCCAGAAGGCCCCUCAGAAAGCUCCUCUCAGACAGGAGACCAACAUGGCUAGCUUCUGCAACCGCUUCUCCAUAUACAACAUCAACGGUAUUAAUACAGCCUACAUAAUAUAGCUGCAAGCAGCCAUGGCCUGGUUCAAACUAUGGCCCCAUAGCGCCACCAUCAGGCAGCCAUGGCGUGGUUCAAACUAUGGCCCCAUAGCGCCACCAUCAGGCAGCCAUGGCGUGGUUCAAACUAUGGCCCCAUAGCGCCACCAUCAGGCAGCCAUGGCGUGGUUCAUACUAUGGCCCCAUAGCGCCACCAUCAGGGCAUAUUGGGCUCUCCCUAAAGCAGGGCUCGGUAACCUUUAUCACUGGAAGAUACACUACCAGUCAAAAGUUUGGACACACCUACUCAUUCAAGGGUUUUUCUUUAUUUUUAAAAAAAUUUUACAUUGUAGAAUAAUAGUGAAGACAUCAACACUAUGAAAUAACCCAUUUGGAAUCAUGUAGUAACCAAAAAAAGUAUUAAACAAAUCAAAAUAUAUUUUAUAUUUGAGAUUCUUCAAAUAGCCACCCUUUGCCUUGAUGACAGCUUUGCGCACACUUGGCAUUCUCUCAAACAGCUUCAUGAGGAAUGCUUUUCCAACAGUCUUGAAAGAGUUCCCACAUAUCCUGAGCACUUGUUGGCUGCUUUUCCUUCACUCUGCGGUCCGACUCAUCCCCAAACCAUCUCAAUUCGGUUGAGGUCAGGUGAUUGUGGAGGCCAGGUCAUCUGAUGCAGCACUCCAUCACUCUCCUUCUUGGUCAAAUAGCCCUUACACAGCCUGGAGGUGUGUUGGGUCAUUGUCCUGUUGAAAAACAAAUGAUAGUCCCACUAAGCCCAAACCAGAUGGGAUGGCGGUUCUUUGUUUCUUUACUUUACUUUUAUAAAUGAGAAAUUAGCACAUUCAGACAGGCCUCCAUUCAGACAGGCCUCCAUUCAGACAGGCCUCCAUUCAGACAGGCCUCCAUUCAGACAGGCCGCCAUUCAGACAGGCCUCCAUUCAGACAGGCCUAGUCUGCAAACUUGAAGCAACAGAAACUUAACCUGCAGCAGGUAAUGUUUUGGUACAUGUCAAGAACAGAAUAAAAGUACGAAGGUUUUAUUGUCCUGUAGAUUGUAAUUGUCCCAAUAUUUCCAAACCUAUCUGCGGUCCUUCAGCACCUCUGGCCUGGAAAGCGACUAUAUUGUUUUGGAGAAGGUGGUCAUAUCUCCUGUUUUGAUUACAAUGGCCUCACUGUUUAGCUGCUCUUGGUAUGAGGCUAUAAUCACAAGGUUUUCUGGGUCGCCUUCCUUUUUUCCCCUUUCACACAAUCCCCCCUCGGUGAGCCUUUAAAACAGCUAAAUACACACUGGUAUUAUGAACAGAUUUUCUUACAAAUUAAAUGAAUGAAUAAAUAAAUAGCAUAACUUACCAGUUCUGUGUGAUUUCUGCUGCUGUGCCUCUGAGCAGGUCUUAACGAUAUUAGGGCAGUAGGAUGACAGGACUGUCUUCCGGCAGUAGGAUGACAGGACUGUCUUCGGUCAGUCAGACGGCAGUGAUGAAGUUCCUGCUUGAAAACACCUGCUCGCACAGUUAAGUUGACCAGAACGAUUGAGAUGAUGCCAAAUGCAUUUCUCUUCAUGUUGCCAUAGCUGUCGGGAAAGCCAUUCCACAUGUCAAAUACAAGCUGGUCUUGUUUCUGAAGGUCUUGGAUUUCUUUCCAUUUGUGAUUUUGAGUCAGAGUGUCCGUGCGAGACUUUCCAGGUACGUUCUCAGGCCUUUGAAUUUUUACACCCGUAUGUUCUUGUCCAGUUCCAGUUCUAGCCGUGGUUGGCUCACUCCCUGGAGUCCGUCAACAUCACGGGUUGACACAAGGAAUGAUAGUCAAAUCGUGCAGCAAAUUAUUGUUGGAUUGUCAGAAUGGAAACUUGCAGAUUUGCGGUGUCAAAUCGCAGUUGUUCUGCUGUGUGAAUUAUUUCAGGGAUGGGAGACCAGGCGCCUGUCUCCAGAAGGGCAGUGGGUUUAACCCUUUUACCAUUAUUUAGUUUACCAACAAAAUUGGACAACAAGGUUCAACACUUCCAUCAACUCUGGCAGAAAAUGUUUGUGUGCCUCUUGAUGGAUGAUGCAAUGAAACGUCAUCAGCUUUUGAUCCGACCAUCUAUGUAGGAAGCUCCUCUCCUCCUCCCCCCUUCUGUUGCCACAGACACCAGGUGGCUGGUUUUGAUUUAUUUGGCCUUUUAAACAGCCGAAUCACAAACCACCUCUCCCUGUGUUUGUCCUUUCAGCAGUAAUAACUCAACAAGUUCCUCUUGCGGACCCUCAGAGUUCCUGCAGAGCCGUGCUGUCUGUGCUAUGUCAUCAACAUCACACGAUAGAAUAGGCUGCAUUUAUGUCCUUAAUCUGCUGACUGCUAAUGUCUCUUGCCAUUUUCAGGGUCCUGUCCUUGACAUUAUUUGCAGAAGAUCUUACAUGUUCUGAAACUAUUUCGUUUUUUGAAAUGGGAAUACAGCGUCUCGGAUACUUUUAUAAAGGAAUAUUUCAAGUACUCACCGUCUGUGAACCAGGGGUUGGAACCGGUUCAGGGAACGGAACCGGAAAAUAACAUUUUUAGAGGAACAGAAUCAGAACCACCAACGAAAGUGGAUCUAUACUCUUCCGUUAUUUUGAAAGCAUGGGAACCGGUAAAUUUUUUUUAAUAAUAAUCUACGUUCUGGACAUUUUUUUUCCCUACAAUUUUUUUUCUGUCAUUGAAACGUAUUCCGGUGUCUGCCGGCCGGCCAGCUGAACCAAUCCGCACUGAUUGGUGAAGUCAUUUAACGUCGAGCUAAAUGUAAAAUCAAGUAGAUUUGAGGUUUAAAAAGGAACAGAAAGAAACGAUGUAAACCGUAAAAAAUAAAUUUGGGGUUCAGAACGAAACAAUCGAUAAAUAAUUUCAGAUCCAAACCCCUGUUGUGAAUGACUUUACACAUUCCACGAAGCUAGCAGCAGUGUUUGUAUUUUACCAUUUGAUCCAUUUUGAGAAGGUACCUCUGCUCUGUGCUUCAGCUCAGCAAUGGCUCUCUUUCUGGCAUCUCCAGGUGGAUACUUUUCAGCAAAUAUAGUGUGUUGCUUUUGAAAAUGUCUGUCGACAUUGGAUUUCUUGUUGUUGGCUAAUUUCUCACUGCAUAUUAAGCAGUUGGCUAUAAAUGCAUAAGAUUCAGUCCAUUCAUCAUUGAAUUCUGUGUGUUCAUCCUCAACUUUUCCAUUUUUGGGGGCCAUUUCUAUACUAUUUUCGUUGUUAUGUCACCCUUAGGUCCUUUCAUUGUAGGCUGCAGGGAUGGUAACAGCCAAGCUAACUAGCAAAACCAGCACACACCACUUUCCCCGCCACUGAUCCAAAUCGACUUCUUGUGUUUCCGGCACACUGGAUGCUAUAUUGCGUAUUGCUGCCUUUUGCAGGCCGGAGUGAGAAUUGCACACGUACAGUGCCUUCAGAAAGUAUUCACACCCCUUGACGUUUGCCACAUUUAGUUGUUACAGCCUAAAUUUAAAAUGGAUUAAAUUGCGAUUUUGUGUCACUGAUCUACACACAAAACCCCAUAAUGUCAAAGUGGAAUUUAGUUUUUAGGAUUUAAUACAAAUUAAUAGAAAUUUAAAAGCUGAAAUGUCAAUAAGUAUUCAACCCCUUUGUUAUGGCAAGACUAAAUAAGUUCAGGAGUAAAAAUGUGACCCACUGCCUCGACCCGGUCUUAUGUAGCAAAAUUAGAAAUUGUGUUUUUUACAUUGGAUAAAAGUAGACUCCGAGCUACAAAAUGUUAUAUACACUGAGGAACAAUGGGAAAGUAAUUCUGCUUUGAAAGUUGAUAAACUUGUAACCCCACUUUUGAGAAAAUGGCCCUUGAACGUUUUGGUACACCUUCUGGAGAGCUCUUCUUUGUCUACACCCAUUCGGCAUCGUUCACACCCUCUUAAGCCUUAGGCCCACCCAUCUCUUUACAAUAAGGAACAACUCCAGGUAAAAAAAAACACUAUCUAGUCCCUGACCUAUAUCCUAAUCUGACUUUGAAAGUGUCCAGAUAAAAAUAUUUUCUAAAUAUCAUCUCAAGGAUGAUAAUUGGAAAAAGGAUGCAAAGGGUCUGAAUACUUAUGUAAAUAAGGUAUUUUUGUUUUUUGUAUUUUUAUAAAUGUGCAGAACAUUUCUAAAACCCUGUUUUCACUUUGUCAUUGUGGGAUAUUGUGUGUAAAUUGAUGAGGACAAAUGUUAAUUUCAUCAAUUUUAGAAUAAGGCUGGAACGUAACAAAAUGUGGAAAAAGUGAAGGGGUGUGAAUAUUUUCCGAAUGCACUGUUAAAGAGAUGCCGCUACUACCUCCGAUGAGCCGUCAAACAGGCAAAGCGUCAAUACAGGAUUAAGUUCGAAUCCUACUUUGCCAGCUCUGAAGCUCGUCGGAUGUGACAGGGCUUUCAAAGUAUCACGGAUUACAAAGGGAAACCCAGCCGAUAGCUGCCCAGAGCCUACCAGACAAGCUAAAUGACUCUCUUGAACGUGUUUCCUUGCAGGUAACCAUGGUUAACAGAGGAAGAACAAUGAUUUCAAGCACCACCCUCCUUUUAAAGCUUCCAGUCUGUUAUUCUAACUCAAUCAGCAUGACAUAGUGAUCUCCAGCCUUGUCCUCGUCAACACUCUCACCUGUGUUAACGAGAGAAUCACUGACAUGAUGGCAGCUGGUCCUUUUGUGGCAGGGCUGAAAUGCAGUGGAAAUGUUUUUGGGGGAUUAAGUUCAUUUUCAUGGCAAAGAGGGACUUUGCAAUUAAUUGCAAUUAAUCUGAUCACUCUUCAUGACAUUCUGGAGUAUAUGCAAAUUGCCGUCAACUGAGGCAGCAGACUUGGUGAAAAUUAGUGUUUGUCAUUCUCAAAACUUUUGACCAUGACUGUACAUAUUUCAAGCAGACCACCAUAGUCCCUGUACCCAAGAACGCUAAGGUAACCUGUCUAAAUGACUGUCGACCCGUAGCACUCACAUCUGUAGCCAUGAAAUGCUUUCAAAGGCUCACACAACUUGAUACAUGGCAUUUAUGGAUCAAUGUCUCACAACGCAAUAUUUUCCACGCUAGCAACUCAAACAAUAUGGUACUGACCAAUAAACAUUCAAGUGGGCGUGACCUGGCACAUAAAUGCAUAUAAAUCAGACACAGAUGUUCAUUUUUUACACAAUGGUGCUAUAUCGGCACAUACAGUAUUUAUAUAUUUUGAUCUGUUCGAGUCAGAAUUGGAAUUUGGCACACAUGCUCAGGGAUGUCAGUCUAGCUGACCUGUAGAGUAUGGUUGUUUGCCAGCAUGGUGGCGCUGUUGGACAGGAAAAACAAUUAAUGCAAGCUCAUUGGCUUAUAGCAGCCAUAUUGUUUGCGCUAGAGUCUUGGAAAAAUAUUUCAUUUGAAGACAUCCAAAGAUUCUUCUGGAGAAUAAGGCGUUUAAAGUAGUCAACAUGGUUGAAAAUGGUCCAAAAUACAUCAAAAGCGUAUUGCAUGAUCUGUUUUGAUUUUGAGUUCUGAUAUUUGGCAAGCGUCGUAAAGAAUACAGAAGUAGCUCUUCAGGGAAAUGUGUCCAAUUUGUCCUGGUGGUGGUGCUAUGGGGCCAAAGCUUGAACCCCGGCAUUGCUUCUUGCAGCUAUAUUUGUUGUUUUUGUUGUUAAUGUUGUUGUUAAUGUUGUUGUUGUUGUUCUUCCAGAGGCUCUAAACCAGGGCGGAGACGGUGUAGAUCUGGAUUCCCUGAUGGCAGACCUGUGUUCCAUAGAGCAGGAGCUGAGCAAGCCCAAUAGUGGCAAGAACAGGCUGGGUGUGCCAGGUGAUGCUAAGCUGCGCCAGAAACCCCCCGCUGGCCGCAGCAGCAGCAGCACCAAGGUGCAUGCUGGGAGCAGUGGAGGAGGCACCUCCAGCAGUGGGGGCAGCACCUCCAGCAGGUAAGCUAUUGCUGAACUGUGGAUAUAUUUAUGUUUAUGUUGAAUAUAUCAUUGAUGUCACUGUUGUGUUGUGGUAUUUAUGUGAUUAUUUAUUGAUUAUUUAUCAAUUUAUCAAAUAUUUAUUGAUUUAUCUCCUAUCGGACUUUGUUUUUUCGUGUUGUCCGGGACAGUAUGUAUAUUUAUUUUGCUACUGCGUUUGACAUGUCAUUUCACCUCAGGGAUGAAUAAAGUACCCCUCUAUCUAUCCACCAGUACCCGGGCCUCACCAGCCUCCACGGUGGCAGCUCGCCACCGCCGCCCCAUGGCCUCCAACCUGUCCCUGGAUGAUAUCACGGCCCAGCUGGAGCAGGCUUCUCUCAGUAUGGACGAGGCUGCCAGACAGAGCUCCCACUCCCUAGCUAGCGCCUCCACCUCUUCCUCCUCCUCCACCAUGCGGAGGCCCGCCACCCACCACCACACCCACCGCAGGACGGGCUCCGUGGGGACGGUCAGCGAACACGCGGUCCGCUCCGUGUCCCACUCCUCCUGGUCGUCGGUGAACUCUGCGUCGGCCAGCAGCGUGGAUUCUCUGGAUAGUGUUCUCAGACCUUCGGAGCAGGACGGGGAAACACCCACGCCACAGGGGCCCAAUCAGGGCCCCCCGGGCAGUACAGAGGUAGGCUACCUGCACACAGACACUAAUACAUCAUGUACCGUUCAACCUUCACUGCAUUCCUCUACAGCGAUACAGACUGGACCAACUGGACCAACUGAUCAACUGA